CUGGAAACGGCGAUUUGAAAAAGACGUUAUAUAGGUGCGAUGGGCCCAGGGCCCGUCCAUUCUAAUUGAGUUUAGGCCUUUAGGGUAUACGAAAAGGGACGGCGGCGUGACAGCGGCAGGACGAAGGAAGAGGAGAAACACGACAUUGUUUGUGCGCGUCUUGCACAUGGAGUCGUCGUUGCUGGCGCGCGCGGGCUUCGGAGGGAUCGAAACAUCGGCCGAGAAAUAUCAAAAUAUGUGGUGAAUUCCGUGAUUAAGUGACGCGCGUUAGGGAUCGUGUCAGUUUUUAGUUUUCCAUCGCUCACGUAUCUAUUACUUUUUACGUUAUAAGUACUGCACGACGCGCUGUUAUUGCAUAUAGCUUAUCAUAUUGUCGUACGAGUUUGUACGUUACGUUUGGCACCUAUUCGGCUUCGCACAGUUCCGUUUAGUUUUCAUUUUCCUCAUAUAAUAAAGGACCUGUAAUAUUCUUCCACCAUGGACAAGAAGACAGUUAUUCAGAUGCUACAAGCUGAUUUUUCUCGCAUUCACCAAGAGUCCAUAGAAAUUAACAAGUGCGUUCAGGAUAUGAAGCUGGAUGCAUUGAAUUAUAUUGAAGCUUUACUUACACAAAUAACAUCAACGGGCACUGCUUCUUUACUGGCCAAAACUCCAAAAGUUCCCAAAAAGAGAGCGACUAGAAUUAAAGCUAUUCCAGAAAACGAUGAAUUGGAAACAUCUGAUGAUGGCAGCAGUCCACAUAAUUCUAUGAGUACUAGAUCUUCUCGGAUGAAUAAUAUGACUUUAGAGACAUCAGAAGUCUCAUCCGGUAGAGCGAAAAGAGGAGCAUCGGUUAAAGCAGCAGAUAUAAUCAAAAAACAACAAUCACUAACACUAAAUACAAAACUUAGGAGGCCAUCUAAUGAUGGAAGCGAUGUUUCCUUAGCAGAAAGGAUUAUGAAGGACAGUCGCCACAAGAGACCAAAAGAGUUAAUAGAAAGUUCAGAAGAUGAAGAUGCAAGACCAGUAAAACAAAGCAAGGUAGAGAUAAAGCAGUCUGAAAUUAAAGAUAAUAAUAAAACAGUGGUUGCUGAAGAGUCAGUACGAGUGUUCAAUGCAAAUGAGACUUAUGUUCAAGAAAAACAUACACGAGCUUCAACCAAGCGUAAACUUGAUGACCAGUAUGACGGUGUGAAUGAUAAUUCAACAUUCAAACGAUCUACAAGACAAAACUCUUUAUUCAGUGAUGAACCAGUCGCUAAAAAAGCCAAUUACUCAAAAUCAUCUCCAGAAAAGGAAAACAAAGAUUCGAAAUCUUUAAAUAAACAAGAAAAAGUUUCAGAUAAGACCAUUUCCAUAGACAAUAAAAAGUCUAUUGCAUCAAAUGCUAGCUCAUCUUCAUUGUUUGAUGCGCAGAGCUCUAAAAAAGUGAACAGAAUUAUAAAUGAAACAGUAGACAUGAGUAACGCUGCCGAUGAGACAGUGGCUUCUAUGUACGAGGAUGCACUUGGUAAACCAAUUCCAAUUAUGAACUCAACUAUGAAUCCUAACACAACGGUAACAUUGGACAAAAUGAUGAACGUAACUGUUUUAAUCGAACCUUUGUCAAGCAAGAAAGUGUUCAAUGAGACUAUAACUGUUAAAAAAACUACCUUUAAAGAGCCUUUAUCGUGUAAUAACAGUACCAUCAAAGAGAAGAUAGCAGAGGAAGAGCCUGUGGAUAAGGCAUCAGCAACUUUUAUUAAAGGAAAGCAGGAAUCUGAAAACGCCAUUAUUUCAAAAUCCCAAAGAGAAAAUAAAAUAAAUAAAUUUAACAAUCUUUUGACUGACGAUGAAUCAUCACCCGAAAGAAAGGAAUACAAAACUAAGAAAGGAAAAAUAGUUAAUCAACAAAAGCGCAUCACAAGAUCUAGUAAUUCUUUGUUGAGCGAAGAUGAAAUUCUUCGUACUCCAAUAAGAGUUAAUCCAUCAAAUAAAGAUAUAAAGGGAUCUACCCUAAAAUCAGGAUAUAAGCAACCAGUUUUGUUCAGUCCAUAUGCCAAAGAUUCUGUCAAAAAAAGGGUAGAAGCUUUUGAACAAGUUGCUGUGAGUCCAAAGCAACCAGAAACAGCAGGAAGAAUCACAAGAACUAAAACGCGUGCUCUGGCUGCAGCAACAGAAACACCUACUCCUACUGUGAGUCAAAAAUUAGCGAGAAAAUCAUUAGCAAAGGCUAAAAAAAUUUCUCUUGCAAAACAGGCGAAAGAAAACGAUGAUACAAAAGAGAAUGAAAACACAAAUGUUGUAAAAUCUACAAAGUCGAGUUCUUUAGAAAGAUCAGCACAAAAAACAAGUGGCAAAACUACACCACUAGGAAAAACUCGUAUGCUCCAGAUGCCUAGUUCUAUUACUAAAAAUACUUAUGCGACCCCUUCAAAUUCCCAGUAUUUGAAUCCCUACUCAAAGUCUAUGACAGCUUCCCGCGGAAAUAUUGUUUCAAACGUUGAUUCAUUUAUUCAGCCAAUGAAAUCAGCAUCUAAACAGAUAGAUAGAGCAGCUGAAGAGAAAAGAAGAAGAGCUCACGAGGAGGAUGCACGACGAAAGCGCGAAGAACUUUUGAAAGCUCAAGCUGAAGAGAAAAGACGGAAACGGGAGGAAAAGGAAUUGAAAAACAAAUUAGCAAGAGAAGCGAAGGAAAAACUGGACUAUGAAAAGAGAUUAAAAGCUGAAAAAGAAAGAGAGGAGAAAGCUAAGUUGGCACAGCAGAUGCAAGAAAAACAAAAAGAAGAAAUGGAAAGGAAGCGUAUGGCAGCAAUGCAAAGAGCACAGGAAAAGGAAGAAAGGCGAAAGCAGGAAGAAUUACAACGUUUGCAACGCUUACAAGAACAAGAAGAACAAGAAAGGUUGCUUGCUGAACAGAAACGUCGCGAACAAGAAAUGGAGAAACGUAAGCAAGCUGAAAUGAGACACCAGAUGGUUGAAAUGAAGCUGAAAAAUCAGAUGGAUAAAGCUUUACUGCAGGCCAAGGCCAAGGCUAUGGCUCAAAAGCAGGCGCCAUCUAACUACAAAAUGGACAGCGAUCCAGACGAAGAGGAGUCCGACGAUGAAAGCAAACCUAAACAUAAAAUUCCACAUUGGGCUUCAAAGAAUGCUCGGCAACCACAACUAGCAAUGCAACAGCACAUCCCACUGAGGACAAUUUUAAGGUUUUUUGAUUCUAAAAAAUGUACACCCGAUUUAAGGGAGCUAUUCCGUGGUAUAGAUCCUAAGAAACUAAAGCGAUCAUCGAGCGCGAUUUGGAAAACUCCCCCGCGAUAUUCAAUGAUGAAUUGCUCAAUUAUAAAAGAUUGAAGUAAACUUUAGUUUUUAGCGACGCCAUAAGUAAAUGAGGGUUUUGAAAAAAAGGGAUUACGCGAAUUAUUUUUUUAAUAUUAAUACUAACAUGAUUGUACAGAAUAAUUGUUUUUAAUUAGCGUAACUGAUUUUUAUUCUAAUAUGAAUAAAAGUGGGAUUUAAACCGAAAAAAUCGAGAUUUUAAAUUAGGUGCGCACCAAUCAUGUUAAUGCACUUUAUUCGCGUAUUUAAUGCGUUAUUGUGUUUCAAAUAUACAUUAUGCGUUUUCUGUUAUCUAAUCGUAAAAUAUCUUAAAAUGCAAAAUGAAAUAUUGAAAAAAUCGACUUUAGAAAACUGUCCUGGUUAAUUGAUGUUAAAUCAGGAAAAAUACAUUAUAACAGGAGAUUUUUUACACUUAGACCUUGCUCGUGCUAGCACAAGAUAUAUAGUAAUUCCGUUAGCUAGGCAGCUGCCGUGAAUACAUGCGUCUCUUCCAAUUAAACACUCAGCCACGGAGACAUGUUCGCAUUCUCGUAUGACGAAAAAACGCGUCAACGAGAGAAAUGUCACGUGUACGCGUCGGACGCUUCAACAUGAAUAUGCACGCGCAUUAAGGACAGGAAUAAUGAUAAUGUACAUCUGCUUGAAAUUUAAUUCAUCUCUAGUGCGCUAAAUUUUACAUUUACAUAAUACAAUGUAUCUAUGUUAGAGUCUCGUAUUAGUCGAUUAUUAGAAUUACUUCAGUCGUUUAAAAGCGUUCGUUUAAUUUUAAAAGUAUUGUUGUUAGAAACAUUUUUAAUUUAUCAUAAAGACCAUUAGGAGUAUGAGAGCUUCGUUUAAAUUUUAAGUUAUGACGUCAUUCUUCUUUAGAUUUCUAAUUAUAGUACCUCUUUCUAUUUCUCCUUUAGAUAAUUUAGCUAAAGAUUCCUAAGUUUGAUUAUUAAUCUUUCAAAAUCACGAUAGAGUUUCAUUUCAAAUACUAAUUUUGCAGUAUGAAAGCUUAAUAAAUGAUACAUAUGAUUAUGUAUUAUUGUAAAAUAAGACAACGCGGUAAGGAUAUAUUGUGAUUUUUAGGGACCAAGUGCUGUUUUUAUAUCAAAAGCAUCUUUGCCUUUAACUAUUUCUUAUAGUAAAAACAAGGCAUAAAACAUUAAAAAAAGCAUCGUAAAUUUGUACAAUGAAAAUCUUGAUAAGAAAGUUGAAUAAAACAUUGAUCAAACACAAAGCACAAA